AAAUUUUCUGCUGAGUUGAGAAAUUUGUUGUCGUCAAAAUGUGCAAUUUCAAAGAAUUGUAAAUUUUAUUGAAAAUAUCCCCUCAAUCGUGUAAAAAAUUGUUUAAUUUCGUGAAGGAUCUUUAAUAUAAAGUACCCAGAUAGGAUUAAUUGCGGAAAAUCGACAGCACAAAUAAAAUAAGGAAAAGUUUACGCCCCACUAACAAAAAUGAGUGAAAAGUUGCUGAAGGUGGGACAACGCAUCGAGGUAACCGGAAAGGAUGUCCGCGGAACGAUUGCGUACGUCGGGAUGGCCUCGUUUGCAGUGGGCAAAUGGGUUGGCAUUAUUCUGGAUGAACCGAAGGGCAAAAACAACGGAUCCCUCAAGGGUCAAACGUAUUUUACGUGUGAGGAAAACUAUGGAAUGUUUGUUCGUCCCACGCAGCUUAUCUUUCUGGACGAAUCUGGUAAACCCAUCGAUACGGGGGAAGUUCAAACUCCUGAAGAGAAACCUCGCUCUCGGCUAAGCAGUGCUAAACGUGUACCUUCGAAAACGACUGCUGGAUCAGUACGUUCAAUAGCUUCGAUGCCGGGAUCUACACCGUUUGCCGCGAAACCAACGGCCGUCCGCCGUAAGUCACCCGUCAAGCAGCCCCAGUCGAAGCGCGCCUCAAUGACCAUGACACUCUCAUCGUCCAGUUCUCGCAUGUCAUUGAACCGUAGCACCAGUUCGCUAGGGUCGAAAACGCAGCUAACCUCUCCGGGCAAUGAUCGUCCUACUGGCCCGGCUUCAGGCCACUCGUCAAUUCCGACCCCGGUUUCAUCGAUUCCUACCAUGAUGAAGCCCGGUGAUAGGUAUGAACCGGUGCAUAAGUCUCACAUUAGUCCGCCGGAGUCACUACAAACAUCCAAACGAGCUUCGUUCGUUGAAACAGGUUUCGUUGAGACGUUGAAACCUCAGUUUACUCCUGGACAAUCGCUUACGUCCCCAUCGCCAGCUCUCUCGACAACCGAAGAUCGCAUCCAUCUGAUGCAACUGCAGCAGGAGAUCGAGGAUUUGAAAACGCAAAACAAAGACCUGGUGGAGAAAUUGGAAACCUUGAAGAUGAGAAGAACUGAAGACAAGGAGCGACUUCGUGAGUUCGAUAAACUUAGGACCCAGUACGAUCAGUUGGUUGAAUUCAAGAGCAAGAUUAUGGAGGCUCACUCGUCGUUGCAACGAGAUCUGCAGCGAGCUAAACAGGAAGCUAAAGAUGCUCUCGAGGCACGGGAUUUGCAUCAAGAAGAGAUGGCUGAAUUAUCAGAAAAUGUUGAACUAAUCACUCUCGAUAAAGAGAUGGCCGAGGAGAAGGCAGACACCUUGGCUUUGGAAUUGGAGACGGCAAAGGAACGUAUUGAAGAGCUGACCCUUGAUUUGGAAAUUUUGAAAACCGAAAUGCAAGAAAAAGGCGCCAUAAUUGGAGAUGGAACUGGCACCGGUGGAACUUCGACGUACGAAUUUAAACAACUGGAACAGCAAAACGUGAGACUUCGUGAAACGCUGGUUCGCUUGAGAGAUCUCUCUGCUCACGAGAAACAUGAAAUUCAAAAGCUCGAGAAGGAAUUGGAAACUAAGAAAUCCGAAGUGGCUGAAUUGCAGAGAACGAAGGAGAAACUCUCCUCGAAGCUUGAUGAAAUGGAGGCUCAACUGAGUGACCUUCAAGAACAAGUGGAUGCAGCGCUGGGAGCUGAAGAAAUGGUCGAACAACUAGCCGAAAAGAAAAUGGAGCUGGAAGACAAGGUGAAAGAGCUACAGGAUGAGGUCGCUGAACUAGAGGCACUUGAAGAAGUUCACGAGCAACUAGUUGAGAGCAAUCAUGAACUUGAGAUGGACAUGCGCGAAGAACUGGACAUGGCGCACGCUGCCAAACGGGAAGCCAUACGCGAGAAAGACGCAGCAAUGGAAACCAUUGUAGAUCGCGAUCAAACCAUCCUGAAGUUCCGAGAACUUGUUCAGCGUCUCAACGACCAGUGUCAAGAACUUCGCGAGAAACUCAAUCAAGAAUCCAACAAGGUCGUCAAAGACACCAUUUCGGAGACAAUCGACUUCAAGCAAAUGUUUGCCGAGUCUAAGGCGUUCACUCGCGCUAUCGACCUACAGUUGCGUCAAAUUGAACUGACCCAGGCCAAUGAGCACGUUAAAUACCUGACUGCUUUCAUGCCGGAAGUGUUUAUGGCCCGUGGUGGCGAUCAUGAUGCAAUCCUCGUGAUUCUCCUUAUCUCAAGACUCGUUUUCAAAUCCGGUAUCAUCGUUAGCCAAGCACGGGAACGUUUCUCGGCUGUGCCCCAAAUCGACCGCAACGCCAUUGUCGGUGGACAUGAAGUGUACCAGUUCCGGUUCCGGUCCCGUUUGCUACAUCACGUACAUAAUCUUCAGAGUGUAAUGCAUCAGUUCCUGUAUGGGUUGACGGCCUGCCAGGCGGAAACUUUGCUUAAGAUUGGCUCAUCGCUUCCGGAAAUGCAGGCCCAAGAGAAGAUGGUCGACGAAAUUGUCGAUCUCCUCAAAGCAAAUCAAUUGGACGAAAACUCUUCUACUGAUAAUCUCGAAAAGUGUGUUAACUUUUUCAACGCAAUGUACUUGGUGUUGCUGUCCGGUGAAGAUUUGGUUAACGAAACGCAAAUCGUACGUGAUUGUACUGCUUCUAUUUCGGCUGCAUGCGAUUCUAUCUGGACCGAUUCCCACGUGAUCAAGACGUUGAUCAAGGGUGGUGAUGAGACCAGUGAUUCCGGUUUAUUGAUGCAGUACAUUGUGCAGAAUGUGGAAUCAGUCAAACAGCAGUUGAAACUGAUCAAACGCCGGCUACCUCAGGACGUGGCCGUCACCAAGUGUAACCUUUCGAUGAACACGUUGCAGAACCUAAAGAAAACGGCCGAAGCGUUGAACAAACUGAUGAGCGUUAUGUUCUACAGCACCAAACAGAUGGUUCAGAUGGUUACCGCGGAUCCUGAAUCUGAAGUAUCCGUUGCUCACGAUAAGCUGUGGGAGAUUAUUUCCAAUGCCUGUGAAAAGGUCUACGAGCAGGACGAUCUCGGGCCUUCUCAAAACAUCCGUUCAGUUUUGAGCAAUACGAGUACAGACAUGAGUCAACUAGCACAAUACCUUUUGGACCACGAGUACGAAAUUAUGUCCGGUACAAAUGCAAAGGUUCCCGAAGAGAAACCCGUUGCUCCGAUCAUCUUACGGGCUCAAGCCGUUAAGAAACAACUAGAGGAGACCAAAACUCUCACGGCAACGCUCGAAAAUCGGGAAGCUGAAAUCCGACAGCUCAAGCUGGCCGCCAAGCUUAAGCAGAACGAACUAUCCGAAAUGCAAAUCCGUAAGGAUUUGGCCGAAAAGAAACUGUCAGUGCUGCAGGUCGAUUUCGAAAGUACUACCACGCGUCUACAGAAACAAAACGACGAAAUCACACAGCAGCUCAAACAGAAAGAGAAAGAAUUCGAGGUAACAAUGGAUCACUUGCAGAACGACAUCGAUUCCCUGGAGAAUGAAAGGACUAGCCUUCGAGAAAAGAUCAAAACAUUCAAUCCCAAAAAAGGAGACCUCAAAACAACAACAGCUCUCGAUAUUACGGCUAGUUCACCCUAUAUCGACCAAGAACUUUCGCUGCUCAAAAAAGCCUUCAAGGAUGAGCGUGCGGAACGGAUGAAAGUGCAAGCCAACGAGUUCAAGAAGAUUCUCUCCAACCUGGAACCGCUCCACGUACCUCAAACAAAGGACAACCGUAUCGAGGAGUUGGAGAAGGAAAUCACCAAGGUCAAGCACGAUUGGAUCAUGUCGCUAGUGCGGGGUGCCGAAAUACCCUCGACCAAGUUUGCCCGUGGCAACGUGUCCGCGUGCAUCGUCGAUCAUGACAACAAACAGCGCCAACAGCAACGGGAAAUCAAAACCAAGGCGGAAAGGUUGGUUUGCGAAAUCAUGGAGGAAUAUUUGCAGCGAAAACCGCACCGAGCGGCACGCGGGGAUUUCGCCAUGUUCCCUUCGGCUGAACUGGCCACGGCUUUCAAGGUUAAUAUUAAAGCUUAGGCAGCUUAGACGCAGUUAAUAGGUAAGAGAAAACGUUACGUUUAUUUCUAUGAUGCUUACAUAACCGUAAUACGAGCUACUGUACUGAAUCGAUCGAUUUAACCCCUUAAGACAUGAAAAGAUGAAGCCAACGGUUUCCCUAACGUCAUCAUGCGAAAGUGAUUCUUAUUCCAUUAGAAUGGUAUUGUUUGAGAAAUUAUUCUUUUUUUUUUAUUGACAUACUUAUUUAUUAUAGCCUCGGCAUAAUCUGGCAUAAAAUAUACUCAUAGGAAAAUCAA